UGUAGUUAAAUCCAAUGCAGAGCUGUAGCAGGACACUCCUCAGCUUAUUUGAGAGAUGUUUUAUAUGCAGAUACUUUGCUAGUUAACAGAGAACGUGUUAAUGAACAAUUUUUCAGGUUCAACAGAAACAACUCCAGGUGGGAAUAGCUGCUAGGAAAGUUUCAGUGAAACUGCCUGCAGGCUCGCAAUCAGCACUGGUCUUAACUUGACAGUCGAUGAGCUGUGGACUACGUGGCUCCCCUACGUAAUACGGCUGUGGAGUACAUGGCUCCUCCCGUCAGGAGCGCGCCGCCGGGGCGCGAGCCGAGCGCGCGCGGGUCGGCCGUUACCGCACACGCGCAGCGCCCUGUAACGGUCGGGCACGCGGCGGUUCCUCGCCUUCCCGCUGAGCGCGGGGUGGGGCUGGAGAGGGGGUGGAGUGAGGGGAGAGGGCUGGUUUCCUGUCGUGAGCCUAAGCGUCCUGUUGUUAGCCUAGCCCAAAUCCAGCAGUUGUAGUGAUAGCAGAGCAGGAUAUCUAAGUUAUCUGGAAGAAUACUGUGAUAGAAAAAUGAAUUCUCUUCAAGUAAAUAAGUAAGAUGCACCUGACUGUCUGCCUGUGACUAUGGAGAAUCAGAUAUUGUUUGACAUAAGAUCGGCUACAGAUGAUGGAUUUCUAACUGAAAUACUAAAUCAGAAUACUCCUGAUAGUUCUGAAAACUUCAGUCUGGAAACCACAGUAAUUAAUAAUCCUGUUGAAGAAGGAUUGCCGUCUAGUCAAGGCAAUCAGUUAUAUGCUAUAAAUGUGGGAGAGGCUUUGUUGGAUCACUUUGAGUAUCCUCUUUCCACUGAAAAUCAGAGUACAGUAGCAGAAGUUGAAAUAUAUCCACAUGGAAACAAUAGCUGUGACAAUGAAGAUCUUGAAAAAUACAAAGGAUUAAAUCUUCCAGAAGAAGCUGAUUAUACGCAUUCACCUUACCUCCCUUCAGAUGGUGACCAUUUUCUUUCUUCUGUAGUGACACAGCAUAAAAAUUGCAAUGUUCCAACUUCAAGUGUUUUCUCUUCAGAAGGAGCAGUCAGUCAAAAUGUUGGAGCCGUACCUGUGUUCAGAUCAUUAAUAUCUCCAGCUGAAGAUGAGAAUAACUGUAUUUAUUAUGAUCAGUUUAAAGGAAUCCAAAACAGUCCUAUGCAGUCAAAAAAUUUGCCAGAUUGCUUUAAUGAAUGCUCCAGUGGUGUCUACGGCUUGCCUCAGACUAGUGCUUCUGUCUAUGAUGAAAUAACUGAAGUAAGAGAUGCAAUUAGAAAUGUUACGGAGAAUCACGAAGAUGGAGCAAUUUUUCAGAAUUCAAAUAUUGAUGAGUCUAACUGCGAGUUAUUAGCACUGCAUAGUGUGGCGGAGGAACCUGAGUAUUUACACAGAAAUUAUUCCAGCCCUCUGAUGAUCUGCCAACUGGAAGGAGGUACUCAAAUACUCUGCAUAAAGGAUUGUGGCACACAGGAUCUAAAAACAAUUCAUCUCAUUUCACAGUAUGAAGACCAACGUAAUUAUCUUCAAUCUGAUGUGGGCAGCCCUGUAACAGCUGUACUGGGGCAGCUUUUGCCUGUUUCAGGUAAUCUGGAUUCAAACAAACAAGAGUUUGAACACGAAUACUUACAAUCAGUCGCUAGCACUUCCGCUUUCCAACCAGAAUCAAAUCUGCAAGUGAAAAUGACUUCAGCUGGCCUACCUUUUGGUUCGGGGAUUACAAAGUCUAAGAAACCAUGUAACUGCACAAAAUCUCAGUGUCUUAAAUUAUAUUGUGAAUGCUUUGCCAGUGGUGACUUUUGCAACAACUGCAAUUGCAAUAAUUGUUACAACAAUCCACUUCAUGAAACUGAACGAUUUAAAGCCAUUAAGGUCUGCCUUGAUAGAAACCCAGAAGCUUUUCUACCAAAGAUUGGACAAAGCAAACUGGGAGAUAUUAAACCUCACCAUAACAAAGGAUGUAACUGCAAGCGUUCAGGAUGUCUCAAGAAUUAUUGCGAGUGCUUUGAGGCAAAGAUUGUGUGUUCCUCUAUUUGCAAAUGCAUUGGUUGCAAAAAUUACGAAGAGAAUCCAGAUAAAAAAACCCAGCUGACCACACUAAACUACAUGGAUAUUGGAAAUAAUGAUGAAAAUAACCCAUUUUUGACAACAACAUUUGAAAUUUCACCAAAAUUGGAGAAAGACAGGGAACCAGCUGUAUCUCUUUCUUUGGAAGAUGUGAAAGCAACAUGUGCUCGUCUCCUGGUGCAAGCUGAAGAGGCAGAAAAAGGAGGUUACUCUGUCUGUCUAGCUGAACGCAUGAUCAUGGAGGAAUAUGGGAGGUGUUUAUCCCAGAUCCUACAUUUGCAAUUAAAAGACUGAAAGUUGAACUAUGUUCAACGUAUUAUAAAGUCAAUGAGUAGUAAUACUGAUGUAUUGUCAGUCUAAAUGAUCUUACCUGGAAUUUUCAUAGGACUAAUUUCACUGACUUCAGCUGCAUUCUUUCUGAAUUAUGCUGAUGUAAGUGAAACUUGAGGUUUUCUGGGCCAAUUGUUCAGUCUUUGCAUAGACUCCGGUUUAAAGUAAGUUUAACUUAGAAUGAUUUUGUUGAAUGUUUAUAUGAGUGGAGAGCCAAUAAGCACUGAGAAAGAAGUUGCUAUCUUAGUUUGGUUGUUAAUGAUUGUGAAGCAAAUUCAACUUCCACUGAUGGCAGGCAAAUCUGUUGAUUUAGCUUUGUGUCUUCUCUGAUUUGGCAACUUAUUUCUCUUAUUGCUACCAUAUUAUCAUCUAAAUGAUUUGACAGAUUAUAUAAAAGUUAAUGCUCUUUAAUUUUAGAUGUUUUGUGCUUGUUUAAUAUUUGCUUGGAUAUUUUUGGCUUUUAAGCUUGAAAGAAUAAAGAUAUUCUCUGUGUGUGUUGAUUUGUAAUUCUUGGUAGGAUAGCAGAUCUGAUUGCAUGCUAUUUAAAUUUUUUUUUAUUAAGAGGUAGGGCUUUUUUUAAUGAGUGGUAGUUGAUAUACGAAUGGAUUGGAUUAUAUGUCUUUGUUUUUAAUAAUUGCUGCUGGGGACUGCUGAAGGUUGCUGGAGAAAAUGGGUUCUCAAAGUGCUCCAAAUGGGACAUGGUACCACCUCAAUGUACCACUCCUUCCUUGAUUCUUCACUUCCUAAGACCAUUUCCUUUUAUUUUGGAGUUAAAAUCUACAUAAUGGCAUUGUCUUAAAAUGUUUGUCCCAGUCAUGAAGUUAGAAGAGCACACACAGCUGUAGAGUCAAUAGACUCUAAAUAAAUAAGUGGAGAAAUAAAAUUUAUUUAAAGUGAGGGAGAUGAGUGGUGGGGAAGGUAAGAAAUUCUACAGCUAAAUGUAUAAGGUAGAAGUGCAAGCUCGGGAGAGGUAUAAAUGUAGUGCAAAUAGCAAAGUAAGGAAAAUGAGUUAGAUAAGACUUGAGCUGCAGCUUUCAGCAGCACCCUUAGGCAAGAGCUGUCUCUGAUAUUUCUUAAUAUAUUUUUUAAAAAGAAUGAGCAAGCC